GGAAAUUUGAUAAUCUAUGCUUAAAAAUUAAACAUGGUGUUUAAUUAUCCCAAAUAAUAACACAUAAAAAAAAUAUACCUAUGUUUCAAUUGUCUUCCAAAAAUACCCCCAUCAUUUCAAUUCCCCCCAAUCUCUCUAACUUCCCUCUCUCUCCUGUCUCUCUUCCUUUCUCGGUUCAAACUCAGCCAACCCAACCACCGCACCAUUGUCUCCCUCUCUCUCCUCACCACCGCACCAUUAUCACCACCGCUCGACCCAGACGACAGACGAACCCAGCCGACCCACACGACCCACGAACCCAGUCGACCCACACCACCCACGAACCCAGUGGACUCACGAACCGUCGAACCCAACGCACGCCGUCCACCCACACGACCCACACGAACGGCGAACCCAACGCACGCAGUCGACCCAACGGACGCAGUCGACCCACACGACCCACACGAGACCCACUCCGAGGAGAAAUCGUCCCAAGCACAAUCCACGAACCAGAUGGCUCCAGAACUCAUUCUCCCCUUGGCUGAGCAUUUUCCUGGGCGUAUCACUUACCGAGGAAAUGGGUACUUUGCUUCUAUUAAAGCAAAGUUUGAAGCCUUUAACCUGACCGAGAGGGUGAAGGAAACUCCUUUUGGAGUUUUUUGGAAUGCGAAUGAACUGAAAUUCUCCGGGGUGAUUGUGCAUCAACUACUGUUGAGGAAAAUGAAAGUGACUGAGGUAAAGAAUGAUGAAGUGUGGUUUUACGUGGGUAAAACCGAGGCCAGAUUUGGAAGAUCUGAGUUUGGAUUGAUUACGGGACUGAAGAUGAGCGGUGGCCCCUCGACUGAAGAAUUGACUACACUAUGUGAGUCUGAUCGGAUAUUGCGGGACUACCUCAAUAAUGCCAAACGGGUCACUUUCAAAACCCUUUGGCUAGCUUUUGAGGCGUGCGAUGUGGCCGACGACGUGUACAAGCUGGGGCUGUGUGCAUUUGUUGAAGGAGUGCUACUAUCAAGGGCUGAGGGUGUUUAUAUAUGGUCGGAUAUGCUGAAGUUAGUAGAAAACGAGGAGAAGUUCUUCGAAUAUCCGUGGGGCCUUCUUUCAUAUCAGAAGUUGUUGUCAUCCACAGCCAAAAGUAUGACUGACCUGAGGAAGAACUACCUUGAUAAAUCUACUAAGGAUAAGAAGAAAGGGAAGAAGGAGAAAAAAAUUACUCAACCAGAGGCGAAGUACAAUGUCUACGGAUAUGCACCGGCGCUACAAUACUGGGCCUUUGAGGUGAUGCAAGAUUUGGGGAAGAAGUACGGCAAGGUGCAAGGUAGGGACUAG